UGCUCAUUGUGGAUGGAUUGCGGUGAACUGGACUGUAUAACGCAGGGUGCCAGCCAGGCUGUUGUCUGUGAGGGGUGGGGUCCGGCUACACCGAUACCACCAAACGUAAGCUUACAGAGGGGCAGAAAGAGAGGAAAACAGGAGAGAGAAGAGGGGGGAGGAUUGCACCUGAGGAUAACUAUAAUACGGGAUGAAAGGAGACACCCCAGUGAACAGCGCCAUGAGUGUCGGCCAAGCCAGGAAGCUGGUGGAGCAACUGAAGAUAGAAGCUAGUUUUUGCAGGAUAAAGGUGUCAAAGGCAGCGGCCGACCUGAUGGCGUACUGCGACACGCACUCCCGUGACGACCCGCUCAUCAGCCCCGUGCCCACCUCAGAGAACCCUUUCAGGGAGAAGAAAUUCUUCUGCGCUCUCCUUUGAGACCAAUCAGGGAUUGUUGUGAUUGAUAGUACAGCUGUACAUGUAUGUACAUGUAUGCACAGUGUGUACAUGUACUGAUCGGAAUAAGACAUCGAUGUACCAUAGUAACCUUGCAUAAAAGCUGCCAAUGUACAGUACACAUGAUCAACUACAAAGCGUCUCGAACUAAAUUCUUUGCCUGCAGAGGUCUGUUGGUGUUGAGAGGAGAAAGAAAAGAAGAAAAAAAACUAAACCAGAAAGCAAAUCAGUCAGAUAUUAUGAAAAAUAAGACCGGAAGUCUUAGGCUCAUUGCAAGAAAAAGCUCUCAUCUCUUUGGAAAAACCUUUCACGCUCAUCUUCAUUAUAUUUAUAUGACAAGUAACUGGGAGAAAAAAAAGAAAAAACCUUGUGGGCAUCGAGUGUCUUAAUGGUCACAGGAAAACAGACUCAUGGAUUCUGCAGCGUGUGACUCUUCUUUCUGGGAGGAACUCCCACAUUAGGUCUUUGGAUUGUGUUGGUGCUACGUGUCUCAGCUGCUGCUCUGAUAAGUCAGGGGGAUCAGUUCUGCCAUAACAAGCUGUCCAUGCAUUUGAAAUCCAGUGUGAGUGAUGAGGGGAAAAAAAAAAAAAGGACCAGCCUGUAUGAGGUAAUGAAGUACUUUCCACGUGGUGAUUACUUGCAGGUCGAGGAAAUAACGCUUCAAUGUGCUUCACUUACAGGUAAAGGUCUUCAUUCUCUGUCCAACAUUUAGAUUGUCUUUGAGAGAAACAUCCCAUCUCUUGUGUACACAUUUUGGAUUCCUCAUCCACUUUCGACAGCCGCUUAUGAUUUGAGUAUCAUCAAUGUUAGCAUUUAGCUGAUUUCUAUGCUUUUGCGAGGGUGUGAAUAGGUGCUACUGUGAAAGGUAAGCAGCUUAGGGGCAUCGGUUCAUUUAAAUCAACAUUUUAUAAAUCGCUUGCACAGCUCCUCCCGACAAAACAACAUUCCAGGGCAUAAGGACAUAAAAAUCUGCGCCUUUAAAUAAAUGUCAUAUUCGUUUUAGACAGAGUAGUUAAAAUGUACUUUUAACAAAUUGUCUGUCAUCGUUCUAAACAAUCAGACGUGGGGUUCUGCAGAGCAGCCGGACGUCUUUACUCGACUGGGGGAUUCCUUUUUAAUUACACAGGUGUCAGUCACUUGUGGGUUUAUUCCUCAAUCUACGGUCACUGUGAAGGCAGUUAGGCUUUAGGUCUGUUCCAUCAUAGCCACAGAGUUUGAUGGCACGCUCAAUAUGACAAUCUUUGUGAACCCCCGAUCGUGAACAUUUAAAAACAAUGGACUGAUGCUUUGUCAAUAUCAGGCAAAUACCAAAUGAUGAGCUUUGGCUAAAGAGAUCAUGGAACAUCAUGUCUUGAAAUAAAACUCCCUGCUAUCAAA